GAGGCAUAACGAUGUCGCCGUCCUUAUUUAAGUUUGUCGAUGCUAAAGACAAAUUUACGGCAUCCACCAAACAAGCUCUGGUCGGUAAAAACAGCAAACCUAUAAUAACUGCUUUCAAUCAGAUCCUCGGGAAUGAAACCGAGAAGAAGACCACACUGGACCAGGCUCUGAGGGGCGUCCUUGGUGAACAGAUUGUUGAGCAGAAGGUGAGCUGUGAUGACUAUCUGUCUCUCAUCUACCUGAGCAUAGAUGCUGUUUCAGAGGGUAUCUGCUCUGCUACCACUCCUUUCCUUCUGCUGGGAGAUGUACUGGACAGCCUUCCUCUUGACCAGUGCGACAAAAUCUUCUCCUUCGUCGAGGAGAAUGUCUCCACCUGGAAAUCUAACUCCUUUUACACUGCCGGGAAGAACUAUUUGUUGAGGAUGUGUAACGAUCUUUUAAGGAGGCUUUCCAAGUCUCAGAAUACUGUAUUUUGUGGGCGAAUCCAGCUUUUCCUGGCACGUCUUUUCCCCCUGUCUGAAAAAUCAGGUCUCAAUCUACAGAGCCAGUUCAACCUGGACAACAUCACGGUAUUCAACAAAAAUGAACAAGAAAGUACUCUUGGACAGAAGCACACAGAAGAAAAGGAAGAAGGUAUGGAAGUAGAGGAAGGAGAAAUGGGAGAAGAGGAUUUGCCUGCACCGUGUUCCAUCCCGAUUGACUACAACUUGUACAGAAAGUUCUGGACAUUGCAGGACUACUUCAGAAACCCUGUGCAGUGUUAUGAUAAAUUCUCAUGGAUGACAUUCCUCAAGUACUCCGAUGAGACCUUGGCAGUAUUCAAGAGCUUCAAGCUGGAUGACAUGCAGGCCUCUAAAAGAAAGCUGGAGGAGCUGAGAGCAUCUGGAAGAGAACAUGUUUACUUUGCCAAGUUCCUAACAAGCGAGAAGCUGAUGGACUUGCAGCUCAGCGACAGCAACUUCAGGCGCCACAUUCUACUUCAGUACCUCAUCCUCUUCCAGUAUCUGAAGGGUCAGGUGAAAUUCAAAAGCUCCAGUUGCAUUCUGAAUGAUGACCAGACCACAUGGAUUGAAGAGACAACUAAACUGGUUUACCAGCUACUGAGAGAAAUCCCUCCUGAUGGAGACAAGUUUGCCACCAUGGUUGAACAUAUCCUCAACACAGAGGAGAACUGGAACGGUUGGAAAAAUGAGGGAUGCCCGAGCUUUGUGAAAGAACGGCCAGUCGAUGACAAACCCAAAAGGCCCACCAGGAAAAGACAAGCUCCAGAAGACUUCCUUGGAAAAGGGCCUGACCGCAAGAUCUUCAUGGGAAAUGAUGAGUUGACUCGACUGUGGAACCUGAACCAAGACAACAUGGAGGCCUGCAAGUCAGACAGCAGGGAGUUUAUGCCUUCUCUGGACGAAUUCUUUGCAGAGGCCAUUGAACAGGCCGACCCUGCUAACAUGGUGGAGGAGGAGUACAAGGCUGUGCGGAAUCCAAACUAUGGUUGGCGUGCUCUGAGGCUGCUGUCCAGGAGAAGUCCACACUUCUUUCAACCAACUAACCAGAAGUUCAAGAGCCUGGCAGAUUAUUUAGACAGCAUGGUUAGCAAACUGGCCAAAGAACUGCCGAAGGAUAUCCCCUCUGAAGAGAUCAAGACAGGUGAAGAAGAUGACGAUAAUGGAGACAAUCUUCUUAAAGACAGCAAUGACAGUCCGAGCAUACCGAGCAAACUGGUGACAAACCAGCAGAUGGAUGACAUAGCAGCCAAACUUGGCGCCCAGUGGAAGACGCUAGCCGCUCAUCUGGAGAUGAAGGCGGCGGAAUUGCGUGAGAUAGAAACGGACAGCGAAGAUGUGGACAUGCAGGCCAAACUGCUGCUGGUCGCCUGGCAGGACAGAGAGGGAACACAAGCUACUGUGGAGAACCUGGUCUCGGCUCUCAAUGCUGCCGGGUUCUCCCAGAUUGCAGACAACCUCAGUGAGGCUUGAAUUAGAUAAUCCGUUACUUUUAAAUACUCCGUACCUUCAUUAAAUUGUUUCAUACCAAAAACACAUGGAGAAUGAAAUUUUUUGUACGUAGUCAAGGUCCAAAUCCAUGUUUUUUUCACUGUAGAAAAUUCAAUAAAUGUUUUUUUUCU